AUGAAAAUGAGUCUGUAUAACUUUCUUUUACGUCUUUUUCUGUAUGUAGUUAUAGUGUGUCCAGUUAUAGUGUUUGCGCACGCGCAUGAUAAAAGCUAUGUGACACAUGGUCAAGGCCAUAACGCACACGUACAUAUAAAAGAGCCUCCUUGUUCCACAUGCCCUCGUCACGGGCGCUGUGUGCCCAAGGUGCAGUGUCCAGCGCACGUGCGGAGCGGUUCCUAUAACCCUGCAUGUCACCUGGAUGGUGUGGUUGGAGUCUGCUGCUUCACUGGAAGGAGUCAUGCAACGGAAUCAGAGCAUCGUUCCCGUGCAUCCACAGCUACCAAUAUUCAAGACGUCAAGGUUUCCCAUCGUCAGUCACGUCUGAAGCUGGAAGACUGGGUUAUGACUGCCGCCGAGCUGCUCCAGCAUUCCCCAAUGACCGUCACCAACUCCACGUCUCCAAGUUUUGGACAUCACUUGUCCGUAGUCUCACACGAUGCUCGCGCCGCCUCACUCGGCCGCGGCGGCUUGUUAAACUUAUUCGCUGCGCAGGAGUUGAAGGCGCGCCAGGCGAUCUCUGAGGAUGACCUGCUUUUGGGACUUACUGAGAACACCGAUGGUCCAUUCUGUCCACCACAGCCAACCUGUUUAGCUCCGAAUCGAUACAGAAGUAUCGGAGGGGAGUGCAACAACCCCACCUCCUCCACCUGGGGAGCUGUCCUCACUGGCUACGAGAGGCUGCUGCCUCCUGAUUAUAGUGAUGGUACUUGGGCAAUAAGAACAUCGAAAUCUGGUGCUCCACUUCCAAGUGCGAGGACAGUGAGCAACGCUCUCGUGCUGGAGGGCAGCCACCCCAACCCUACACACAACCUAAUGUUCAUGCAGUUUGGGCAGUUCAUCGCUCAUGACAUCAGCGCUGGAGUUGUUUUUACGGCAGAUAAUGGAACUGCGAUCUCAUGCUGCAUAAACGACGGUGAAGACCUCCUACCUCCAGAGCUGACACACUUCGCCUGUGCCCCCAUAACCAUAGACCCUGACGAUCAGUUCUAUGGCCAAUUUAAGAGGAAGUGCAUCAACUUUGUCAGAACACAGAUUGCACCUGCUCAUGACUGCUCCGUUGGUUAUGCGAAACAGAUGAAUGGUGCCACUCAUUAUCCAGACCUAUCCCACUUGUAUGGCAGUACAGAAGAGAAGUUGUCCUCACUAAGAGACGUUGGUGGGCUGCUGAAGGUGUUCAAUGAUUAUGGGAGGGAUCUCCCACCCCUUACAGAAAGGAAGGAGUGUCUGUCUACAAAGGAAGGUGCUGCUUGCUUCGAAUCAGGAGACAACCAUGGAAACCAGAUAAUAUCCCUAACAGUUCUCCACACAAUCUUCACAAGAGAACAUAAUCGUUUAGCUCGAGCACUAUCAGCCAUUAACCCAACCUGGGAUGAAGACAGAGUAUUCUGGGAAACUAGGAGGAUACUACAGGCGGAGUUCCAGCACAUCAUCUAUAAUGAAUGGCUGCCCUUAUUGCUUGGUCCUCAAAUCAUCAAGACAUUCGCUCUUUCACCAUCUGAAGGUUACUCCUCAUCAUACGACCCUCACGCCAACCCAUCUCUAUCAGCUGAAUUCUCCACUGCUGCCAUGAGAUUUGGACAUUCUGUGGUUGAUGGUAGAAUUACGAUCCCGAGUCCAAAAAUGGGUAGAAUAUACGAGACCAUAUCUAUUCAGGAGUUGAUGUUCCAACCGACGAGGAUGAGACUACGACACUUUCUGGACAGGCUGCUGAUUGGUUUGUCUACGCAGCCAAUGCAGAUAGUAGAUCCUUAUGUUACUGAAGGGCUCUCCCGCUACAUGUUCCACGGUGGCAAUCCAUAUGGUGUGGACCUAGCAGCUAUCAACAUCCAACGAGGACGGGACCAUGGAGUCCAGUCUUAUAAUCAGUACAGAAAACUGAUCGGACUGGAUAUCUUUACUGACUUCCAACAGUUUCCACCAAAUGCAGCAAAACGUCUAAUCACAGUAUACGAAAACCCAGAUGACAUAGACCUCUGGGUGGGAGGGUUAUUGGAAGAGCCAGUGGAAGGAGCCAUUGUAGGACCAACCUUCGCCAACAUCAUAGCUGACCAGUUCGCCAGGCAUAAGCACGGGGACAGAUACUUCUAUGAGCACGGACCUGAUGUUAACCCGGGAGCUUUCACGCCUAGUCAGCUAGAAGAAAUAAAGAAAGUCACAUUAUCCCGCCUCAUAUGUGACAAUCGGGAUGGUAUAGAGCUGGUAUCACAGCCUCCUCAAGCAUUCCUUAGAGCUGAUCUCCCGGGAAACGAACCUGUACCAUGUGAUAGUACCAUAAUACCUUCUAUGGAUUUGAGCACGUUCAGAGAAGAUUAA